AUGAGGCAACCCGAGCAGUGGGUGCCAUCCCCCGUGCCGUCCCGCCAGCGAAGCCAAACAGAUUGGCGCCUCGGACAGGAGACCCGGCUGCAGUGCUUGCGGUGUGGGUCCCGUGGCCAUAGUAGUCCAGCGGGGAUAUUGGAUCAUCAUCGGGCACCUUUUCCCCUGUACGCUUUCGCGAACAACCUCGCCCCAAUCAAUUUAUUAUUACAGCUGGAUUUUGGGAAGUCGAUUGUCUCUUCACAACCCCCUCUCCAGCUUGUUGAGACGGGUCUCAGCCCCUCGUCUCUGAAGCUCGGGUGUUCGGGCCGCACGCCCGUGUCCACGACCCCGACAAUGACUUCACUCACCUGUUGGGGAUCCGGAAGGAGUGGGCUCGAUUCUUCAAGACCAAGAAACAGAGGGGUCCGGGUUGUCUGGACGGUGUAG